AUGAUCCCUUCGACGACGAUACGACCGACGAACAACGAUGCUUCAUCUUCGACAGCAACUACUACUGCCACAGGAAGCGGCCUUGCAACAGCUUCUCAGACCGCACCCGCCGAUCUCCCCCGGCCUUUUGAUACUAGUUUGGGGAACAACUUCACUUCGACCACUUGUCCGACCUUCUUCUCGUCCUUUUUGAACAAUCAGACUUUUAAGAAUUGCUUGCCUCUUUCGUUACUUUUGCAGACUUCCAACAGCUUCUUCACAGCUUCUCGCUCCCUCGUCCGUCUCAGCCAAACCCUCGACGCAACCUGCAACAUCGACUUCAACACCUGCUCCACCCUCAUGGCCUCGCUAGCUCAAGAGAUUCAAGAAGACGCCCAAUGUGGUGCCGAUCUAGAGAUGGAGAACCCAUUGGUGACACAAGCAUACAACGGCUUCGUAGCGUACCCAACGCUCUACCACGCCGGAUGUUUGACGGAUAACGACGGCAAGUACUGCUUCGCCAACGCCGUCACCAAUGCAUCCGCACCGUCGUCGAGCUAUAUCUAUUACCUCCCCCUCGGCGUGCAACUCCCCGGUGGAGCAAAACCGGCAUGCAACCAGUGUCUCCAGAACACCAUGGCCAUCUUCGCGACCACGGCUAGCAACAGCAGCCAACCUCUUAGCAAAGACUACACCGGUGCUGCAGAGCAAGUACAGAUGACGUGCGGUCCGACGUUCGUCGAAGCCAGCGUGGCAACUUCUGCUGCCUCAAUACCUAUUACAACCUCAACAACCCUGGCUGGGGCACUGGUCCUCUUGACCUUGAUCAUGAACCUAUUCUGA